AUGCCCAAAAUGUCCUGGCAUUUGUUUUCUUCUGCGUUUUGCUUCUCCCCCUCUGCGUGCGGUCGAUGUGCAUCAGCGGCUGCUGAUCAAAAGGAUGUCAUGGAUCCAUUCCAAGGGGCAACACCGAAAACUGCUGAGUGGAAAGAGGCUGCUGGUGCGUCUGUCACUUCCCCCCGUCUGCGCAGCCUUCUGAGGAUUGGGGACCAUUUGUUUGCUGUCGCUGAGGCUUGGUGCAUCAGGAAGAAAGACGGCGCCAGCUUUGCUGGCACUGCGUCGGUGCUCCUCCAUCAGAUUUCUGAUUCCGCAAAGGAGAUCCCGAUGACAGACGCAAGCCUAUUUUGA